CACCACCCUGGUCUUUUUAUUGGUACUAAUUGAUGGGACGGGGAAGAGAUCAAGGAUCAGGAGUGGGAAAAGCAGUGGGGGAGGAGCCUCUCCGUCAGGCUGGGGAUGUGGGUGGGGGCUCCAGCCCAGACUGUGAGAUGGUACAUCCGCAUCCGGCGGCAACAGAGUAACUUCCUCUAGAGGGAGCUGAUUGGAGCCAGUAACAGCCGGCACUUCUAUGAUCGCCGAAUCCUCUCGGUUCCUUAGGGCCACGCUGGGACGAGCAGAGGCUGCAUCCAGACUCCAGGAAUUCACUGACUCCCGUUCCUGGUAGCCAGGCCUGGACACCUACUCCUGGGAGCAGACGCUGGUCCCUCGGCAUUUCCAGCCUCUGCCCCACUGAGUCAUCCCGGGCCUGGGCCAGGGUCCAAGCAGGCUAACACUGCCCUCCAUUGGGACCUGAAAGAUGGCGUCUGGGCAAUGCCCAGGCCCUCCCAGGCAGGAGUGUGAAGAGCCUGCCCCAUCCUCCACUUCGGAGGAGCAGGUAGCCCGAGACACAGAAGAGGUUUUCCGCAGCUACGUUUUUUACCGCCAUCAGCAGGAGCAGGAGGCUGAUGGGGCGGCUGCGCCUGCUGACCCAGAGAUGGUCACCUUGUCCCUAGAACCUGCCAGCACCAUGGGGCAGGUGGGACGGCGGCUCGCCAUCAUCGGGGAUGCUAUUAACCAGCGCUACGACGAAGAGUUCCAGACCAUGUUGCAGCGCCUGCAGCCAACGGCAGAGAACGCCUAUGAGUAUUUCACCAAGAUCGCCUCCAGCCUAUUUGAGAGUGGCAUCAACUGGGGUCGAGUGGUGGCUCUCCUGGGCUUCGGCUACCGCCUGGCCCUACAUGUUUACCAGCGCGGCCUGACUGGCUUCCUGGGCCAAGUGACCCGCUUUGUGGCCGACUUCAUGCUGCAUCACUGCAUUGCCCGGUGGAUUGCGCAGAGGGGCGGCUGGGUGGCAGCCCUGAACUUGGGCAACGGCCCCAUCCUUAAUGUGCUGACAGUUCUGGCUGUGGUUCUGUUGGGCCAGUUUGUGGUACGAAGAUUCUUCAAGUCAUGACCCCUGGAGGAGCCCUUUGGGGUCCCAGCUGAGACCCCUGCCUGGACUGUAGCCAAGCCUUCUCCCCUUGCCCCCUUCCGUGCUGGGAUCCCCUCCCCGCAAGAAUACAGAAGCUUUAGCAAGUGGGCACUCCAGCUUUGAAGGACCCUUACCCAAGGGUCAGUCAGGUUGCAGAGGUGCCCCAACAUUGCAUGGUGCUAAUGGGCCCAUCUCUGGGCUCAGCUGUCUGCUGGGUGUUGGGGAGGUCGAUAAACUUGGGAGCAAGGGGCUGGGAGCAUCUUCUCUCCAUUACAUUUUUUUUAAUGGUUUUAGCUUUUUAUAAUACCCUUGAGAGGACCCCGCCAUUCCCACCACUAUGCCCAAAGCCAGGACAUCUGGGAUGUGGGGGUUAGUAGGCCUACCCUGCAUUCCCCAGGAUUCAGUUGUUCUAGAAGGUCAGAACUUGAGAGCUGGGCCUGGAGCCCAGUCCUGGGCCUCUCUAAGCACCAUAUCCCAGGAACAGGACUGACUGGCGGUGGGGGACAAAGACUUGCUCAGCACCCCCUGCUCCCAUUCCCCCACCCCAUGUUGCCUUGGCAGUUAGAUUCUCAGGGAUUCUGGGUCUGGAGUGUGGGGUGAGGGUACAGACCAGAGCUGUAUGAAUUUAUCCAUCAGGUUUUCCAAACCCACCUCCUGAGGUCCUUGAUUCUCUCCCUUCCCCUCACCUCUUACCACUUUCUCCCAACCCAUUCCUUUCUAGUGAAGCCUGCCUGACCCCAUCACUCCACAUAAGGAAAGAAGCCUUGGGCGAGGCCCCCUCCUUGCACACACUA